UAAUGGCAACGAUAUCAAAGCUAAUAGAAGCAUUUUUUAAAAGAAAAGUUUCAUCUGGUUUCUUUCAUGGCUUCCUUCUCAUCUCUUAUCACACUCAUUUCCCAAAACCCAAAAAUACUCUUAACAAACUCCAAUCAUUCGAACUGUUCUAAGGCGAUUCCGCAUGGUUUCUCCUCUUUGGGAUUUGGGUUUGGGGUUUCUCAACAUGGGAGGUCGUUUAAACAAAUGAGGAGGAUUGUUACAAGUUCCAUUAUUCAAAGUGAAGCUUUGGUUGGUAAUUCAAGCAUUCAAACAUUUGAUAUCCCAGUUCUGACUAGCUCAGAUGCAGUUGAAAGGUUGAAAGCCAACCGGGAAAACCAUAAAGGGAAUCAACAAAUGUUGGCCAUGUACUCCAGCAUUUUUGGUGGAAUAACAACAGAUCCUGCAGCUAUGGUUAUCCCUAUUGAUGAUCACAUGGUCCACAGAGGGCAUGGUGUUUUUGACACUGCUGUCAUAGUGGAAGGAUAUCUGUAUGGAUUGGAUCAACAUGUUAACCGUAUAAUAAGAUCAGCAGGUAUGGCCAAAAUCACCCCUGCAUUUGAUAAGCAAACAUUAAGAAGAAUACUCAUACAGACAGCUAGUGCCUCAAAGUGCAGAAAUGGAUGUUUAAAAUAUUGGCUGUCAGUUGGAGGUGGUGAUUUUGAGUUGUCUCCAAGUGGUUGCAACCGACCAACAUUUUAUGCUGUUGUGUUUCAAGAUGAUGAAUGCCCUUCUUUUUCUUUUUCAAAGGGAAUUAAGGUAAUAACAUCUUCAAUUCCAAUAAAGCCUCCACAAUUCGCAACAACAAAGAGCGUAAACUAUCUCCCGAAUGUUCUUUCGAAGAUGGAGGCUGAAGAAGAAGGUGCAUUCGCGGGGAUUUGGUUGGACAACGAAGGGUUCGUUGCUGAAGGUCCCAAUAUGAAUGUUGCCUUUGUCACUAAACAGAAUGAACUUUUAAUGCCUAAUUUCGAUAAAAUUCUAAGUGGUUGCACUGCUAAUAGAAUUUUGAGUCUUGCUGAAGGGUUAGUUAGUGAGGGAAAGCUUGGGGGAAUUAGAGUAGGCAAUGUGAGUGUAGAAGAGGGGAAGAAGAAUACAACUGAAAUGAUGCUUAUUGGUAGUUUUAUACUUGUUUUGCCUGUCAUACAAUGGGAUGAUCACAUCAUUGGUAAUGGUGCAGAAGAAGGUUCAAUUGCUCAGGCUCUCUUCAAUCUUAUCAUCGAGGACAUGAAAUUUGGGCCUCCAUCUGUUCGUGUGCCCAUUCCUUACUGACUUAUCUUCAAUCUUCAUUUCUAUUUAUAUCACAUAAUUAUUGUUCAUUCUCUUUCAAUAGAAUGAAAUUUUACAAAGCUACUAUCACAGUUGUUGUAAAAUGGAUUCAUCAAUUGCUGUUAUACUAAAAAUUCAGCCACAAGAACCCACGAAAAAAACACAAAAAAAAAAAAAAGAAAGAAACACAAAUGUCAUAUGUUUAUGCAUAUGUGUACCUAAGAAGAA